AUGUCUUCGCCGGCUUCCGUCAUGGUAUUAGAGCCACAGCGAGGUAGUUACGCCGCCGUCGUCACCGAUUCCGGCGAAUCCAGUCAGGGGACUCAUCCUGCGUCUCCGAUCAAUAGAUCGCCUACGCGACCGUCUCCGAUGAACAAUCCGCAGAGGAAUAAUGACACGGAGAACAUCGAGAAUCUGUUGUUCUUGAGCGCCAAUGAGAGUCUGAACACCAUCCUCGUGAGUCCACCGCUUAGCGGCACUGCGAAUUAUGGAACAUGGAGUAUUUCCAUGCGUGUCGCACUGGAGGUGAAGAAUAAAUGGACGAUCGUGGACGGGAGCUACGAAGCACCAGACAGAGCUCAGCCACAGUUUGCAGCUUGGAGAAGGUGCAAUCUCAUCAUAUGUGCAUGGAUCCUCAAAUCAGUUCACUCGUCCAUCGCACAGAGCCUCAUGUACAUAGACAAGGCAGAGCAAAUGUGGAAUGAUAUGAGGAAGAGGUUCUCACAACGAGAUCCUCACCGAAUUUCAUCUCUACAGAACGAGAUAUACUCGUUGAAGCAAGGUCUCAAUGAAGGAUAUAACUCUCUGAAGUCUAGUGUUCUGGUGUUAGAUCCCUUACCUGACAUGCACAAGAUAUUUGUCAUGGCUGAAAAAUUUGAGAGACAAUUAAACAUUGCAAAUAUGAAUCUUACUGGAAUAGAACUCAAUCACGCAAAUGUUGUCCAAACUAAUCAGUUUGCCUUAGAAGAUGUGGUGGCCGCUGUUAAUCAAUACAAUAACCGGAAGAAUUUCAGUAAUGGUGGUGGAAACAAAUCUGCUAAGUGCACUUUUUUGCGCAUGACCGAUCACACAAUAGAGAAAUGUUACAAAAAGCAUGGCUACCCACCCGGUUGGGUACCAGGCUAUAAAUCCAAGGGAAAACAGCAAGCAAUAGCAGCUACUGCUAGCCAAGAAGCUAGUAUCACUCAUGAACAACUUCAGAAGUUAAUGUCCAUGUUGCAAAAUCAGAUGGGAAACAACCUGCCCUCCCCUACAACUGCUGCUGUUACCCUCAUUCCAAAAUUCAAUGAAGCAGAAUCCCAGAAGGAAGGAAAGUAUUAUCCUACUACUCAUAUAAACUCAGUUUCUUUACAUUCUUUCUCUUGGAUUUUGGACUCUGGUGCGACUGAUCAUAUAGCAUGUUCUCUGGAUUCUUUUGAUGAUUAUUAUGUGGUUGAAGGAACUAUGGUUAAUCUGCCAAAUGGGAAACACAUUAGGGUUGAACAUAUGGGGAACAUAACACUUGGGGAUGGCAUAUGCUUGAGAAAUGUGUUACAUAUUCCCUCCUUUAAGUUCAACAUCAUAUCUGUUAGCAAAUUGCUCAAUAAUUCUCCUCACCUCCUAACUUUUACCAAUGAUCAGUGCCUUCUUCGGGGGAGCCAUGGGAGGACAGUUGGUUUUGCUAAAGAAGAAAAUGGUCUGUAUCUACUGCUUGAACCACCUCAGAUUACUGUUAAUUCAUGUAAACUUUCUAUACUGCCAAAACUUGGCACCAAAGGCUUGGACAUUUUCCCAUGA